GUCCAUUAUCUCUCUGAUUUUGUCCUCUUGAGCACGGCGGGCAGCUGGGCUCCUCGCUCACUCCCGUGUCCACCUCCAUGGCUGCCGCCACGCUCUACCUCGUCGCGGCUCUGCUCGCGGCCAGCGCCUCCGCGGGGGCCGCCGCCGCCGCGGGCUCUGGAGUCGCAGACGACGGCGACGAGGCUCGGUACACUCUCCCCGAGGGCUUCCUGUUCGGGGCCGGGGUCUCCGCCGUUCAGACGGAGGGCGCGUGGAAUACGUCUGGGAAGAAAGAAAGCGCUGCUGAUAGGCUGCUGCACACACCCAUUUUCACAACUCAAGGCAGCCAUGACGUGGCGGCAGACUCUUACCAUCGAUACGCGGAAGACGUGAACAUGGCAAAACAACUGAAACUAAAGGUGUUCCGCUUCUCUAUAUCGUGGGCUCGACUGCUUCCGGACACGGACUCCAAGAACCCCAAUAAGGAAGGAGUGGCAUACUACCACGCGCUUCUAGACAAGAUCAUCGAAGCAAACAUGAUACCCAUGGUCACACUGUACCACUUUGACCACCCCCAAAGCCUCCAGGAUGAAUUUUUCGGUUGGGAGGACAACAGGAUGGUCGCAAAAUUUGUGGAAUACGCCGACUUUGUCUUUAAUGAGUUUGGAAAGAAAGUGAAAUAUUGGACUACUCUCAACGAACCAAACCAGUACUGCAUGUACUUCAACAUGCUCUUCGUGUUGGGGGGAGUGUUAAAGCCAGAGCAGGUCGACAUUCACCGCUGCAUGCACCAUACGACCCUCGCUCACAUGAAAGCCUACCGUCUUUAUAAGACGAAAUAUUUCACCGAACAGCAGGGUCAGGUCGGUUACACCGCGCUGCUGGUGCAUGCCCAGCCUAAAACGACGUCCGUGCAGGAUGUGUAUGCGGCCGACGCCUUCAACCAGAUGCACUGCGGCAAAAUAUUGCACCCUGUCGUGUUUGGCGACUACCCUGAGAGCAUAAAGAGGCUCCUACCGGACCUGCCAGCUUUUACAGAUGAAGAGAAAAAGGAUCUAAAAGACUCGACUGACUUUCUGGGACUCAAUAUUUACAAUGGAAUCAUUGCUAGUUACGACCCCAAUGCGGGCGCAAACCGACCUCAGGUGCCCAUUUACAGCCAACUACUGGAAAAACUGCCGUUUCUCGACGUGGGCAAUCCUGCUGACCUGGUGCUUUUUGACAAGAUCACGCCGGAGGUAAUGGAGCGGUCAGUGCUGUGGACGUGGCAGCAGUAUGGUGUUCCAAUCGCCAUCACAGAGAACGGCUACAGUGGGACGGAUGACCGGAAGCGGGCCGUUUACCUGAGUUCAUACAUGCGGUCGCUGAUCGGGGCGGUGCACGACUACGGAGUGAAAGUGAUCGCGUACUGUACUUGGAGUCUCAUCGAUUCUUUCGAAUGGAGCGGCGGGUACAGUCGGCCCUUCGGUCUAGUACAUGUGGACUACGAGAACGGAACGUUGAAUCGCUCGCUUAAGCCGCAUUCGUUGAAAUUCUUCACGGAACUCGCCGACAAGAAUGUCAUUCCCUUCGUUGCGCCGACCCCCUCUUCCGCACCCACACUGUCACGCGGGGCUGCCCUCACUCUGGUUCUUGGAGUGCUGAUCAACGUCCUCACAAUUCACUGAGACCGCAGUCUGCUCUUCUUUCUCACUCUUACUUUUAAUUGGAACUCUCUCCGCUUUCUCUAAUCUCAUUUCCGUGUGUCUUUCAGCAUUUCAGACGACAAUAAAGUCACCGAGUGCUGAUUUUUUAAA